ACCGAACCGAAUCUUGAACCCGAGAAUUGGAUUCCGUCUUCACCCCACUGUCCCGGCAAUUCACCUGCACCACUCUCCACAAGUCCAGGGCGACGCUCCAACAUGUCGUCGUCAAUCACACGGCUGCCGCCCCUCUUGUUCCCGGCGACCGCCAGGCACACGGCCACGGUCAUCUUCAUCCACGGGCUUGGCGACACGGGCCAUGGCUGGGCCGGCGCCGUCGAGAACUGGCGCCGGCGGCAGCGCCUCGACGAGGUCAAGUUUAUUCUGCCGCAUGCGCCGGCAAUUCCAAUAACCUGCAACUGGGGGAUGAAAAUGCCGGGGUGGUAUGAUAUUCACACAAUCGACGGCACCCCCGAGUCGCUACGCAAGCACGAGGACGAAGCCGGCAUUCUGGCCAGCCAGGCCUACUUCCACGACCUGAUCCAGAAGGAAAUCGACUCGGGCAUCCCCGCCGACCGCAUCGUCAUCGGCGGCUUCAGCCAGGGCGGCGCCAUGAGCAUCUUUAGCGGGCUGACGGCAAAAGUCAAGCUUGCGGGCAUUGUGGCCCUCUCGUCGUACCUGGUGCUGAGCGCCAAGUUUGCCGACUUCGUGCCCAAGCCCGACGUGAACAGGCAGACGCCCGUCUUCAUGGCCCAUGGCGAUUCCGACCAGGUGGUCAACAUUGCGCUGGGAAAGACGUCGUUUGACCUGCUCAAGGGCAUGGGGUACAAUGCGGAGUUCAAGGUUUACAAGGGCAUGGAACAUUCUGCGAGUCUGGAGGAAUUGGAUGACGUUGAGGCGUUCCUGCGGGAGAGGUUACCGGCGCUGGGGGACAACGAGGGCAAGUCGGAGUUGUGA